GUGACAUCCGUGGUGUGAGCCCCUGGUAGGCAGCACACCUCUCUAGGGGACACAUCAGGCUGGCAAAUAGGUGCCUGUGUACCUCUCAGAAGAGAGUUCCCAUGAAUGGAAGCACAAGCACUGCUGAAGUGAUGUGAAGCUUGAUGCUGUGCCCUUUGCCAUGAAGCAGAGAAACAGCACAGAAUUCCAGGACUUCGUCCUCCUGGGUUUUCCAGCUAUGAUGGAACUUCAGAUGUUGCUCUUUGUGGUAUUCCUGGUGGCCUACAUGCUGACCAUCUUGGAAAAUGUACUCAUCAUUACCUUGAUAAAGAGGAACCACCAGCUUCACAAGCCUAUGUAUUUCUUUCUCUGCAACCUCUCCUUCCUGGAGGUUUGGUUCACCUCAGUCACUGUCCCCAAACUGCUAGCGAAUUUCCUUGUUGAAAGCAAGAAUAUAUCUUUUGGAGGCUGCAUGACCCAGCUUUACUUCUUCAGCUCCUUUAUUUGCACUGAGUGUGUCCUCCUUGCUGUCAUGGCUUAUGAUCGUUAUGUGGCCAUCUGUAACCCUCUGAUGUAUCCAGUCAUCAUGAACCACAGGCUCUGCAUCCAGCUGGCCGCAUGCUCCUGGAUCAUUGGUUUCUUGGCCUCAAUGCUGAAAGUAGUUUUCAUCUCUCAGCUGUCUUUUUGUGGCUCCAACGUCAUCAACCACUUCUUCUGUGACAUCAGCCCCUUGCUGAACAUGUCGUGUGCUGAUAUGACAACAGCUGAAAUAGUAGAUUUCAUCCUGGCCUUGCUUAUCUUGCUGAUUCCCCUCUCCAUCAUGAUUAUCUCCUACAUAUGUAUCGUCAGCACCAUCCUGAAUAUCCCCACUGCCCAGGGCAGGAAGAAAGCCUUCUCCACCUGUGUUUCUCACCUUACUGUAGUCAUUAUCUUCUUUUCAGCCACUCUCUUCAUGUAUGCCCGGCCCAAGAGAAUCCAUCCUUUUGACUUAAACAAGCUGGUGUCAGUUGCAUACACUAUUGUGACCCCCAUGCUCAAUCCCUUCAUUUACUGUCUGAGGAACCAGGAGGUGAAGGAGGCUUUGAAGAAGAUCUUCAGACUGUCCUCCAUUAAGGUAGUUCCUUAGAGACAGAGUGUAAGUGUAAGAGUUAGAAGGAAAGGUUUUCAGAUUUAGGUUGUAUUCAGAACUGUAUCAUGUGUGUGCAAUAGCUGAGAGCCAAGGUGAGAAGCAUGUGCCUAACAUGCCUCAUGUUUUAAGAACCUUCUCUAUUCUGCUCAAUAUAUAAAUGUGAUGCUAAAAGGAAGAUUCUCUUCUGCAGUUCCUGUAUCGUAUCUGCCUAUUCAAAAGGAGAGGUCUCAGGCACUCCAUAGGAUUUCAUAUUCUGCAAGAAGCCUGUACUUAGGGCUGAAUCAAUCCUCAUGGAAGAGAGCAGAAGGAAGUGUUCACAGUGGGACGGGAGAAGUCCAGCUUUUUAAAGGAAGGUUGAAAUAAAUACUAAAUAAAUUGAUAACUUCAUAUACUGGUCACUGAAAAUAAAGUAACUUUUUUCUGCCCAUUUUUAGCAUAUAUUCAUUAAAUUGUGUUCUGAUAAAUUUUGCUGAAGUCACUGUGUAUUAGCUGGAAUAUGAAUGAACAACCAACCUCGACUAUGUAUAGAUACCGUACUAUGUAUAUGUACUGCAAAUUAUAUAUGAAUUCACAUUUAUUUUCCUUUCUUUUAUUCAAUAAAUAAUCAUAUAGUCAAAUAA